UCCACCCAGGCACAACGAUCUAGGUUUCAGAAGCCUCAGCUGGAGUUCUGGACCACCUGACGCAGAGGAAUCAUGAAGUUUCUGGCAGCUAUCUGUCUGCUCGCCACGAGCGCGAGCGCACAGGUUGGGUAUUCGGGGAUCGUUAGUCCUGAUGGAAACAACGUCCAGUUCACCGACUUUGCCUACGGCAUCGUACUUGUUGGACCUUCUGGCAUCGUGACAAAGGAUGGUAAUAACCUCCAGCUGACUGGAGGCCAGGCUGCCCUCCACGCUGCCUCUCCACCAGCACCUCAGCCCGUGUCUCAGCUUGUCCUGACCCGCAGCGUCGUUGGUCCCUCAGGAAUCGUGAGUCCUGCCGGAAAUGUUCAGUUCACUCAAGAGAUGGUUGACGACAACGUGCUGGUUGGUCCCUCUGGCAUUGUGACGAAGAGCGGCAAAAACAUCCAGUUCAACGACCAAGGGCUUCCUCGCACCAAGCGAUCCCUGGUUGGUCCCUCUGGUAUGAUCCAUGAAGACGGCACUCCAGUGCAAUUCAAGACUCCCUUCACCACUAUCUUACUGGAUGGUCCCUCUGGACUGGUGUUCAGCGAUGGUACUCUGGUGCAGAAGCGUCCCAAGCGUAGUCUCGUUGGUCCCUCUGGCAUGAUCACCUCUGACGGUACCCCUAUCCAGUUCCCCGCCCACGCUAAGGCCGUCGUCACUGGUCCAUCUGGCAUCGUCUUCUCCAACGGGCAGAACGUUCAGUUUUCUUAGGAAGACCACCGCAAAUUCACCAGGAUCCGUUUGACAUGCUUCUGUUGAUUGUACUGCAUUUCUGACAGACUAAGUUUUCAUCACGAUGUACAGAUAAAAAGAAUGAAGCUGA